AUGCCGCGUUCCUCGCGUUACGAAGACCGUGCCAACAUCCUGCGGGGCUCCGAAGACACGACCUUCAGACUGGUGUGCGACAGGGCCACGCCAGAACAAUGGGCGGAGUGGCUGAGGGCUCCGUUAGAGCACGCGGCGGCCACAGCGGACCAUGACCUGGUGAAGAAACUGCUGAACGCCGGAGCGAACGGGAGCACGGGUUGGGUGGGUUGCGAUGGCAAGACUCUGUUGCAUGCAGCCGCGGAGGGCGGUAACGCGCAGGUGAUCAUGGCGCUGCUGAGGGCGGGGGCGGCAGGGGACAAGGACACCGCAGCCUCGUACAAAGAGCGAACCCCGCUUCAUGUUGCGGUUUCUGGCGGGAAGGAGGCAGCUGCGAAGGCGCUCAUGAUGGCCGGAGCGGAUGUACACUCCCUCGACACCGACCAGGACACUCCGCUUCACUUGGCCAUCGAAGGCGGUUACGUAGAACUUGCCGAGGACCUGCUGCUCAGCGGAGCUGAUCCCAACGAUGAGGUGGUCUCGGCCUUGGUGCAAAAGGGAGCGAGCCUGAACUGCCUCGAUGCGGUAGGGAAGACCCCCCUCUACCUGGCGGUUGUCGAAGACCGCGUGUCCACGGUGCAACUUCUCCUGGCUGCGGGUGCCGAUGCAAGCUUUCGCCUGGCCAAUGCGACGACCGUCCUACACGUAGCCGCGGAGUAUAACGAAGCCGGUGCCAUCGGAACUCUAGUCGAGGCUGGGUCUGAUAUCGAAGCCCGGAGCAAAAGCGGACAGACCCCGCUGUGGUUUUCGGCUUUCUACGGCUCGUACACCGCCAUGCUCGCGCUGCUGAAACUCGGAGCCGGCGUGAACUCGGUAGGCACCUACGGAUCGACACCCUUGCACGCCGCGUGCAAGAGAGGCCACGCAGACGUUGCACGCCUGCUGUUGAGAUGGGGCGCAGACGAGACCAUCGUCGACAACCGUGGCCGAACUGCCUACCAGAGGUUGCCAGCGAUCGACAACGUGGUCGAAGAAUACCGACCCGGAAUCGAGCGUCUGUCCAAGGUGCUGGCGCGCGCCCCGCAAGACAGAGCCUGGUGCCGCCGGGGCUUCCUCGUCAUGUGCCGUGCCCGUCCAGACAAGGUGCGGCUACAAACAGCAAAGAUCUUAGAUCCGACAGCGGCUGGCAACCAGCCACAGCAGCGAGACGAGGGACUCGUUGGUUUGGCAGCACGGCUGGUGAAGCUAGCCGACGAGGACGUGUUCCGCAAGGUCGUGGGACUGCUGUAGAGCGAGCAAGGUCAGUCCUGUGCCGGUGUAUGUUUGCACCCCAUGCCACAUGUAAGGAGGAUUCAGUUUCCUUUUUCAGGCGUCAGCCGCUGCUGCUGUUUAUAGGUAACCCCUCUCACUCGUUUUGAAGACGUGCGGCCAUUUUCAAGUGCUGGACAGCGUUGACGAGUGUAUUUGGGCCUUGUGGGAAGUGCAGUGCUGCUGUGUCGUUUCGUCGUGGUUGUUUUGGCCACUGUACUGCUGUAGCCGUGCCUCAACACGUCCGUCGCCGUUAGCCGACUAAGCUCUGCCAACCAGACAAUGCGUGCGGAUGUGCUACGGGAUUCGAGAAAAGCAUGUCCGGGUGUACGUAUCUAUCACAUCGCGAUGGC